AUGAGCAAUAAGGAGAGUACGGCAGACCAAGAGGAAGCAGUGUAUCAACAGAUGAAAUUAGGACCGAGUACCGAUCCUCGAUUGAAUGGCCUCAUUGACCCCACAACAGGUAAACCACUAUAUCCCAGAAAACUUUUUGAAUUGAUGGCACGGAAUUAUGAUUCCUGGCUGCAGAUGUUGAACACAAAGAAGUUCAGCGACGAUGAAGGGUAUCUGCCCUUCCCCCAGGAAGAUAAUGGAGGUAAGCCUAUCUUUAGUUACAGCUUAUUAGAGGCAUUAGAGAAGGCGAACACUGAUUUUGCUGAACGACUUAAUACAACGGAAUCAGUAAAGGAAGGCUCCGGCAAUGGUCCUUCUAGCAAAAGUCCUUCUAACAGCGAUGAAAAGAUUGUUCAUGUGGACUACGCAUCGGAUCACUUACUCUAUGGCAAACCACCACAGGCCAAUGAUAAUAAUAGAAUCCCCCCUGAAUCCCUUUUGAAAGAUGCAGAGAUAUCAUACCUUCGAAACCGAAUAUCGGACAUGAUCAAACAAGACAUUAUCAACGGGAAUGGGGGCCGAGAAGGGUUCAAUUUAUUUGAUACCAAAGAUGAAGAGGGACUUCACGAAGGCAAUUGUGGGUAUUGUGAUCGUGAUGAGGAGAUCGGCGAUCAGGACGAUUACGAUCUUGAAGAAAUAGACGAAGAUGAUGACUUUCUGUACGAUUAUCAACCUACUACCCACCACAUAGAAGUGGAACUAAACACUUCUCCCAAUUGUUAUGUCCAUGGGACAGAAGGGUGUAAUUGUCCUAUGUAUGAUGAUGAGCUUGAGAACUCUGAAGACGGUCCUUCGUGUGAGUUCACGUUUGAAUACGACUACAAUGGGAAGUUGGUUCCUACUUAUAGCAAUGUUGAAGAGAAACUAAGAUUAAUGAAUCUUCAGUCAGAGUUAAAGGCUGCUGCUGCUGCUGCUUCUGCCGUUGGAUCGAGUAGAUUGCCAGCCAUGAUUGAGCCCAUAGAAGAAGAGAAUCAAAAGAAGAGCAAGAAUAAAAAGAAGAAAAAGAAGAAGACCCAACAACAACUGCAAAUACAACAGCAAGAGAUCAUCAACAACAAAUCCAAUUCUUCCAUGAUCCCACAACCAAUAGAUGACACUCAAAAUGGUAGUUCGGGUGCUACUGUGAUCAAACUGGGACCUUAUUGUUGUCUUUUCUGUGAAUAUGAAGCAUUCUACGGUACCAAACCUCGGCAACUAAUCAAAUCUUAUGAGCUGAAACUUAAAAAGGAAAUGCAGCGUCGACAAGAGAUCCGAAGAAAACUUGAAAAUGCUAAGCUGAAAGCGUUAAAGAAACAACAAGAGAUGCGUCAAAAACAAGUACAACAACUUGACCACGAGGCAUUGAAAGACUCAAGGGAUAAUAGCGAAAGUGUAACGAACGAGGGGACUACUGCCCGCCAAAGCGAAUGA